CAGCAGUCAGUGAAGCCGAGUUUUAGUGGCGGAUUUGAGGCGCUGCGAGGGCUGGAAGAAAGGGACAGUUAAGUUUAAGGGAUUCGGGAUCUUAUAAGCACUAAAAGAAUGUCUGAUGAAGAGAAUUUUAGUACCACUUUAGCCUACACGAAAAGUCCUAAAUUCUCUAGACGAACUAAGUUUCAGGAUGAAUUACACAAGGCAGUUGCUACCAGGGUGGCAAAGCAAACCACUGUGGAAGAAAAUUACUUCAGUGAUCUUGAUGACUUUGAUCUCUCAGACAGUGGCACCAAUAGUAAAAGCAGUGAAAAGAAAUUAACCACUCUGAAGGAGCUAGUUCAAGAUAAUAAUGAAGAGAACACAAUAGAUGAAAUGAACACAAAAAAAACAGAGACAUUCUCACAGAAAGGAGCUGCUGCAGAUAGUUGGCAAACUUCAUAUUUUAAACCCAACCAAUGCAUGGUGCAAUGUGCCACUGAUCAUGUCACAAGAGAGCCUUUACAGAAGAAUUCUUUAAAACCCAAGGCAAAAGAUCAAGCUAAGAUGAUACGAAAUGAAGGCAAGAUUCAAAAGGCAGAAGCAUUUCGAAAAUCAUUAAGUAAAAGGCAUUCUCUAAUACAGACCUUAGAGAGAUCUGCCAUUGGAAAAAGCCCACGCCCUAGAACAACAGAAUCUCGGUAUUUGGGGACAUUAAAAAUCUUGGACAUCAAGUCUUCCAAUAAUGCCUUUAACCUUGAAACUGCAGAUACGAUCAGAGCGUCCAUUUAUCAGGUGUGGCUAGAAAAGAAAAAGCAAAUUCUUCACGAAGAACAAAAAAAACAAAAACUGAAAGAACAGCAGGAAAAUGAGACAAGAGAACAGGAGAAGAUUGAAAGCAAAAAAGAAGCAAAUGUUUCAUUUGAGGCCUGGAAGGCAAAGAAGAAAGAUGUGCUUAAAGAAAUCUCUUGCAAGAAGAAAGAGGAAGAAAAAAAAAAGCAAGCUGAAACAGAGAAUGAGGAGCAGAAGGAAGUAGCAAAAAAGGCAGCAUUUGAAAAAUGGAAGGAAGAAAAGGAUUUGCACCUAACAGAAAAGCUUAAGAAACAAAAAGAAAUUGAAAAGGAGAAGAAGAGAAAAGAAAAGGAACAAGUAACUGAGAAGAAGAAAGAAAAUGUUGCAGCAUUUAUAAAAUGGAAUGCAAAGAAAGAAGUAGCAUUAAAGCAAAAGAUAAAGGAAAACGCAAAGGAAAAGCGGAAGAAGAAAACUGAAGAAGAGUACAAAAAGUACGAGAGAGAAGAGUUGGCUUCAACAACGUAUGAGAAGUGGCUGGAACAAAAAGUAAAGCAGGAAAAGCAUGAUAAGAAGCAAAGGAAAAUCAGGCACGUUUUGCAACAUGAUGAGCCACCACCUCCUUGGAGCCCCCCUAAUAAAACAAUACCAUUUGGAAAAUAAAAUAUUACAUAUCAGUGUUGAAUCUGCAUCUUUUAACCAAAAAUGCCUCAUGUGGAAAAUAUCUGUACGUACUUGCUUAGAUUAAUGUAAGU